AUAUAUCCAACGGCUUCCAAUGUGGCUGCCUAUAGAAAUCGUGAACUCAGAGAUGAAACCACUGAUUGGAUAAUUGUGAACCACUUGAUCCUCCCCAUCAUCAACCAACAAAUGGCUGAUUUGGAUUGUGGAUCAGCUGAUUGAUUCAUUCCAAUGCAAUCUACCUUAAGCACAUCCUAAUAUCCUAUCCUUUCACUUUCUUACAGCUCUGCUCUCCAGCGAUGACGCAUUCUUUCCAGUUCUUUGAGUGGAUAAGGAGGGAGAAGAAGUGAAUCCCCGGGAACGCCAAGAAAAGAAAGAGCCGCAGAGAAAUGGCUUCAAUCCCAUGUACUAGUAUCGCCCACCUCCACCGAUUCUCCUCCAAACAUCCCAAUCCUCGGUCCUCUGCUCCAAAGCUUGCUUCUUCCUUUCUGGGUUUGCAAAACCGGGGCAGCUGGGUCCGACCCUGCAGUAUCGGACCCUCCAAUGGCUCCAGAGUGAAGUGCUGGUUUAAGUUCGGCAAGAAUGGCGUUGAUGCUGAAGGUGCUGGGAUUUAUGGGAGCCAGGCCCGUGACGACUUUGACAGAGACGAUGUCGAGCAGUACUUCAACUACAUGGGAAUGCUUGCUGUUGAAGGUACCUAUGACAAGAUGGAAGCACUGUUGAGCCAAAACAUUCAUCCAGUGGACAUAUUGUUGAUGCUAGCUGCAUCUGAGGGCGAUAAGCCGAAACUGGAAGAGCUAUUAAGAGCAGGAGCAAGUUACAAUGUGAAGGAUGUAGAUGGAAGGACAGCCCUUGAUAGAGCUAGUGAGGAGAUCAAGGAAUUCAUCCUGGGAUUCUCAACCCAAAAGGCCUGAGCUUUUUCUACUGAUUAGUGUAGUUCAUAGCUAUUCCCUCCAUUGUGUUUAAAAUCGAUUUGAUUGUAGUAUUUUCAUGGGAGACUUCAUUGUCCUCAUUCCAGAGCUUGUAAAAUUUGGUCUUGCCAGAGAUAAUUUUGUCCAAACAUCUCCCAGUUCUUGUGCAAGUGAUCUGUCAAAGUAUGUAACCGAAAGGAAGGAUACGAGAUUAAACACGGUUCAGCCAUUGUGGCCUAACCGAAAAGAUGCAGAAGAAGAAGCAUAUACCCAGUGACCAUCCCUACCAAUAGGAAAAAGUAUCAAAUGCAGGAUGUCUCCAUAACUAAAUCAGUACAUAAUUUAGCUCGAGGAAAUAUUCGAACAAUGAAAAAGAAUGUGAUAAAUCAAGUUCAACCAUCAGCACAACUGGACAGUAAUACUGCAAAUGGAAAACCCUGUUGCAGGAGACAACAUCAUCUAUGUUCCAAUCAAACUAAGCUCGAACAAGUUUCUACCCGGAGGUUGGUUCAGAAGUUUCUUUCAGUAUCUGUGAAAUACACUCUGAAUGGUUGUAGAGACAAAUAAAUACAUGUGUCAGUGAACUGAUUUCUCAGAUACAGUUGCAGGGCAUCGCUUUCAUAGCGGCUCCGCUCUAGCAUGACCUACGCUGUCAAAAAGAUGACGUCUAUAGGAGCUACUACCUCUUCUUCUUUCUACCCUUUUCAGACUUGGAUGCUCCAGAACUUGAUGUAGAUGCAGGUUCCUGCUUCCUGGUUCGUCCUGGAUGCCGAGGAACCAGCUCAGCUACACGGAGCAUUAGUUCUUUUCCUGCAAUACAAUGACAACCAACAUAAGAAAGAGCACUAAACUGUAGCCAUGAUCCCAGCUAAUGAUCCUGGGUAGAUAGCAGAUAGAGCAGUAGCCUGCAAACUAUGUUCUGAAUAGACUGAUAAUGAAACU